AUGUCAUGGAGAAGCAUCUACUGCAAGAAGUGCUGCAAGGCGCUGUGCUGCUCAUGCGCGCUGCUGGACAGCCAGCACGCUCCCUUCUGCGACGUCCGCAGCGAGACCCAGCGCAGGCAGGAGGAGCUGAGCACCAUGAGCCGGCAGCUGAAGCAGAAGAGAAGCGGCUUCGAGGCGAGCUACGCGACGCUGCAGGAUGAGGCCGCCCGGCUGGAGGAAGCGCAGCGGGAGAUGCGGGAGCUGAUCCAGCAGCGCGUGGAGCAGCUGGUGCGGCUGAUCUGUCAGGAGGAAGAGGAGCUGCUGGGGCUGGUGGAGGCGCGGCAGGAGCAGGGCCGGCAGGAGCUGGCGAGGGAGCUGCAGCAGGUGGAGGGGGUGCUGCGGCGGAUGGAGGCGAGCGAGCGGCUGGUGGAGAAGAUGAGGCUCUACGCCACGGAGCAGGAGGUGAUGGACAUGCAGCCCUUCAUCAAGGACUCGCUGGAGGACCUGCGGCGGCUGAGGAUCGAACGCAGCCCGGGGACUUGGGCGAGUGCAGAGCCAAGCUGCAGGCGCUGGUGGAGCGCGUCACGAGGCACCCAGCACAACUCCCUGCCUGAAGACGAGACCACCCUGAUCCUCAACCUCGAGCCUCCUGGGGAGCAUUGCCAACCAAAUGGAGGUCUGCCUGUGGGACUGCCUGCCCACCACCAGCCCUCUGCCCCUGUGUCGGACCCCUCCAGCGGCAGAGAACACGUAUGUGCAGACCAGGGAGGGGAUAUAUCCCCUACCCAACCCACACCUCCAGCCCUUCUGAUGCAGAGGGAUGAAGAAGCGGAGAAGGACUCGCGGUCUGCCCGUGGGGACACUGUGCCUCUUCCCAGGAGCAUCCGGGAGGACUCUCUGACCUCCCUGCAGGAAGAUUUCAGUGGCUGGGCUAGGUCCAAUGUGCAGCAGGCGGAUGAGCUCCUGAAGAUGGGUGAUCGCCUCCUGCAAUCUCACCACAGGGCAAACAGGCACCUGGUGUCCAUGACCCGGGAGAUCCGGGCCAUGUCCCGCUCCCUGGCCACCAUCGCCUCUGCUGUGGGACCCUUGCUGCAGCCCAUGGCCAGCCCAUGGGACCUCCCCACCACAGACAUGGACUGGCCAUCGCUGCCCUCCAAUUUUCUGGAGUUAUUCCCUUCCAGCACCCCGCAGAAGCAUGAACUGCUGGUCCCAGCAGCUGCCACAGCCCCUUCCCCCAGUAGACCCCCUCCUGCCACCCCCCUUGCCAGCCCAGCGCACUCAGAGUCCCCCAGCCCAGCCUCCAAGGGGGAAUGCCCCAAAUCAAGGCACCCCACCAGAGGCAAGCGUGGUGGGAAGCCCAGCACCAGACUUCAGAAGCGGAGGAAGAAGUAA